CCUCUGUUGCUUGUGUUUAUUCAAAGUUGUGGUCUCUGCUUUGUCUUUGUCUCGUUAACCUUUUGACUCACGAACCUUACCUCGUUUGCACAGUUUCUCACAGAGCACCAUGGUGAGAAGGCGCUUCCUAACCUCCAUUGUUUCUCCAACAAAACAACAAGGGUCCCAUCAUUCUUCUUCACCUCUUGCUUACACCUCUCUUCCCUCCAUGCCAAUGCUUCCUUCUUCAAUUCCACCUCCCCAGAUCCCAAAAACCCUUGAUCACUCAUGGGGUUGCUCCAAAAGCUUCACUUGUCAAGUUCCACCCUUACCCGUCUGCAAAUAUGGUGUCAAAACCCUGCACACUCGUUCAGAUGUGGAGGAAGAUGCAGCAAACGAGGUUGAAGUUGAUGUAUGGAUGAAGAUGAAAGAAGAAGCUGUAGAAGAUGUCACAGUGGAACCUAUUCUUUCUACUUACUAUGACACCUUCAUUUUGUCUCAUAGGUCGUUGGAAAGUUCUUUGGCCAAUCACCUUGCUGUGAAACUGAGCAGUGCUAGCCUUCCAAGCACUACCCUUUAUGAUCUUUUCCUGGGAGUUUUGGAAGGUGACCAGGGAAUCAUGGAUUCUGUGAAAGAUGAUCUGAAGGCUGUGAAGGAGAGGGACCCUGCUUGUAUUAGCCACGUGCACUGUUUCUUGAACUUCAAAGGCUUUUUGGCAUGCCAGGCUCAUAGGGUGGCUCAUAGAUUGUGGUCACAAGGGAGGAAAGUUCUGGCAUUUAUGAUUCAGAAUAGGGUUUCUGAGGUUUUUGCAGUGGAUAUUCACCCUGGAGCUAAGAUUGGAAGUGGGAUUUUGCUGGAUCAUGCAACUGGGAUUGUGGUGGGAGAGACUGCUGUGAUUGGGAAUGAUGUGUCAAUCUUGCACAGUGUCACAUUGGGAGGGACUGGUAAAACCUCUGGGGAUAGGCACCCUAAGAUUGGUGAUGGGGUGCUGAUAGGUGCUGGGACUUGUAUUUUGGGGAACAUUAUGGUGGGUGCUGGGGCUAAGAUUGGUGCUGGUUCAGUGGUGAUCAAGGAUGUGCCUCCAAGGACCACAGUUGUUGGGAACCCGGCUAAGUUGGUGGGAGGGAAGAACCCUGUUAAAUUGGACAAGAUUCCAAGCCAUACCAUGGAUCAUACUUCAAAUAUUUCUGAGUUUUAUGAUUAUUGUGUUUAGUUUAGUCCUCAAGCAUGUUUUGCAGUUUUAUCAUGUGUAGCACUGUAGUAUAGAAUAAGUGAUUUGGACAGGGGGUUCUUGUUUGUUGUGUAAGAGAGAAUCUUAGUUCUCCUUCUAACAACAACACAAGGUGAUAUGUUAUGAGUGUAGUUGGUUUAGAAGCCUCAGUCACCUCUGUGGAGAAGCUAUGGUUCGUGUAUGUUUGGAAACCCUUUUACAUUUGAUCCCGAAGCAAGAAUUAAUUAUGGGAAGAAGCUUAUGUGAGUAGCUUCUGGAUUUCAGAAUUGAUUCUGACGAAAAAUAAGCUUAUUCAUGUUAGAAAUUGAAGUUUCCGUGCUUAGGAUUGUGUGGCACCAUAAUUCAUGAGUGCUCUCAGGAAUAUGGAAUAAGAUAUGCACAGGCUGCAUUUUAUGUUUGUGAUGUUGCAAGGUACUAGUACCACCCUGUUACAUACCACAUGAAUAACUACAUGAAUUUGGCAUCUGUUGCUUUCAUUUCCUGUUUUAUAGAUUGAGUGAUUUGGACAGGGGGGUUCUUGUUUGUUGUGUAAGAGAGAAUCUUAGUUCUUCUAACAAUCACAAAAAGUGGAAUUAUAAGAAGACUACUCUCAGAAAUAUGCGUGUGUUUGGAUUUUCGUUGAAUUCAACACGGCAAAAUCUUGUCUCUCUGUUGGUA